GUCUUUCUCACAGGAUCAGAGGUUGCAGCAAUGGAACUGAUCUCAACAUCAGUUGGCAAGUUUACAGUUGAUCUUUUCAACAAGCUGAAUGAGGCCAACAAGGGCAAAAACAUUUUCUUUUCCCCCUGGAGCAUAUCAUCCGCUCUGGCUCUGAUGUACCUGGGUGCAAAAGGCAAUACAGCAAUAGAGAUGGCAGAGGUUCUUCAUUUCACUCAAGCAGCAAGAUCUGAAGGCUCUUCUUCUGUGGCCAGACCUUCUCGGGGGAGACCAAAGAGAAGAAAAAUGGAUCCUGAGCACAAGCAAGCUGAAGAUACCCACUCUGGCUUCAAAGAGCUCCUGACUGCCAUCAACAAACCCAGAAGCACUUACUCACUGAAAACUGCCAACCGCAUUUAUGUGGAAAAAACUUUUGCAUUAUUGCCUGUAUACAUACAGCUCAGUAAGAACUACUACAAAGCAGAGCCACACAAGGUUAGCUUUAAGACAGCACUGGAACAAGCCAGAAAGGAAAUUAACACUUGGGUUGAAAAACAAACUGAGGGCAAAAUCAAGAAUCUGCUGAAUCCACGAGAUGUGGCAACCUCCACGAAGCUGAUCCUAGUAAAUGCUGUUUACUUCAAGGCAGAAUGGGAAGUGAAAUUUCCGGAAGAGAAUACAGUUUUGCAACCCUUCCGACUGAGCAAGAACAAGACCAAGCCUGUGAAGAUGAUGUGCGUAAGAAAUACAUUUCCAGUUCUCAUCAUGGAAACACUGAAUUUCAAAAUGAUUGAGUUGCCAUACGUGAAACAUGAACUCAGUAUGUUCAUCCUCCUUCCUGAUGACAUCAAAGAUGCCACUACAGGUCUUGAACAGCUGGAGAGAGAACUCACAUACGAGAAGCUGUCCGAAUGGACUGAUUCCAAGAAGAUGACUGAAACUCUUGUGGAUCUAUACCUACCUAAGUUCACACUGGAGGAGAGAUACGACCUUGGUGAUAAUCUGGGCAGCAUGGGAAUGCUCAGCGCCUUCAGCAGCAAUGCUGAUUUCAGUGGAAUGGCUGAGAAGGGUGAUGUGCUCAUCUCCAAAAUUAUUCACAAGUCUUUUGUUGCAGUUGAUGAGAAAGGCACUGAGGCAGCUGCUGCUACUGUAACUGUAACAGUAACAAGUCUACCAGUUAGCCAUGCUCUGAAAUUUAAGGCUGACCACCCUUUCCACUUCUUCAUCAGACACAACAAAUCCAAGAGCAUCCUUUUCUUUGGCAGAUUCUGCUCUCCCCUAGAAUGAGUUAUUACUUGCUCCUAGACAGCACCCUAUGUUCACUGUUCAAUGGAAAAAUAUGAACUGCAGUGUUAAAAGCUCAACCUUAAGCCAUGUAGCCAUAUGUGCUGAAAGUGUAUGUCCUUUUUCUUCCUUCCGAAGUAAGGCAGCACCCAGAAACCACCCUGUGCCUCAAAGACCACCCCUCUACUGCUCCUAACUGUUCUAAUCAGACAGCCCUCCACAGAUAACAAGUGCAGAGUUUUGCUCCCUUGCAUUAAACCUGCUCUUCUGGCUUUGUUAUUUGAGAGUAAGGUGGAGCCAUAAAAGCUCUCUGCACACAGGCUUUCACCCAGCCUUAUGCCAAAUAUGACUUCAAAGGAAAUGCAGUUUGCACUCUUCAAUCUCCCAGAGAGGAAAACCAGAUUGUUGGAAGUUAAAAAAAAAAAAAAAAAUACAAACCCAGAAUAAUCUCAAAAUACCCCUUACCUUCUCCUUACAACACACAUAUAGAAAAAUUACAUUCCUCCUCUCCUGCCCCUGAAGCUUCAUGAAAAAAACAAGGCAGUGAAGGCAAAUAGUCCAGCCCUUAACAUUUAAUUGCUGACUUCUAAUCUGCUUGCAUUUUUCCUCAGUUUUCUCAACUUUGUAGUUUAAGGUUGCUGAGAGUUCCAACCAGAAAAAUGCUGAAAAAACUACGAGCAACAUGCUUUUUUGAUACUUCUUAUUGAUAUGCAAUCUAAAACAUCAGAAUUAAAACCUCCUCCCUCUUUUUAAUUUUACCUAAUUAUACCUGUUUCCUGGCUAAUAUCUGCAUGGUUUCCUUGGUACCUGUAUUUUUGACCAGUAUAUGAUUAGUAACUUAUGAGUGCAUCUCAGCAAAGAUAGUCAUAGUAUUGAUCGAAACACCAGUGAGAUUUUGAUUGAUGCUUUACUUCAUAAGCUUACCAUGACCUGCAUUUAAUACAAUAAAUUAACCCGGAGUUG